GGCAGCGGAGCGGAGCCAUGGGCAAGCUUCAAGAAUUUGACAUUACUUUUGCCAAUAACAAAGUGGUUUACAGUCCUGGUGAAUCCAUAAGCGGCACUGUGAAGAUAAGAACCGGCAACUCGCUUCAGUAUAAAGCCAUCAAGGUGAACUGCCAGGGCUCAUGUGGGGUCUCCAACAAACUGAACGACGCCUCGUGGAGCCUGGAGGAGCAAUACUUCAACAGCACAUUGUCUGUAGCUGACAAAGGAACGCUGGCAGCUGGAGAGCACAGUUUCCCGUUCCAGUUUCUCAUUCCAGCCUGUGUCCCGACUUCCUUUGAAGGGCCUUUUGGGAAGAUUGUUUACCGCGUGAGAGCGGUCAUCGAUACGCCUCGCUUCUCCAAGGACUACAAAGCCCAGAGGGCCUUCUACCUGCUCAGAGUGCUCAACCUCAACGAGGUGCCCCACACUGAACAACCCACUUGCGCUGUGACCACGAAGAAGUUCAGCUACCUCCUGGUGAAGACGGGCACCCUGAUGCUGAAAGCACGCAGUGACCUGGGGGGAUACAUUCCUGGUCAGGUCAUCAGAUUAGCGACUGAGAUCCACAACAAAUCUGGCAAGGACACAGGGUGUGUACUGGCCAGUCUCAUACAGAAAGUGACCUAUAAGACCAGACGGCCUGUGUAUGACCUGCGGACCAUAGCAGAGGUGGAGGGCGCAGGAGUGAAAGCAGGAAAACACGCAGAGUGGAGGGAGCAGAUCAUCGUGCCUCCUCUUCCUCAGUCAGCGCUGGCUGGCUGCAGCCUCAUAGAGAUCGACUACUUCAUUCAGGUAUCACUAAAAUCUCCAGAGGCAGUUGUUGCUCUGCCAAUUUAUAUCGGGAACAUAGCUGUGAACUUGUCUCCAUCGAGGCCCAUGGCCUCCAGUCCCGGUCAGUGUGGUGCGUCCACAACCAUGGCAGCCAGCACAGGAGGGGUGACGCCCAGCGCCCCCCCAGCAGAGGACGACCUGGGGGAGGAGAUGUGUGCAGGAGGUAUAGCCAGUGAGGAGAUCCCCACCAAGAGUCACUCUCAGCAGGAUCCUUCGGGCCAGCCGCUCUCCAUGUCCCCGAGUGCAUUCGGCCACGCCCCGGGUGCGGCCUUCUCUCCCAGCAACAGACGACAGGACUCCACUGACAGCUCUGCGCCGCUUUUCUGUGUGUCCACCGGCGCCACCAUACCGUUCUUCACUGAAGGAAACGUCACUCCGGUGCCCAUAUCCUGUUCUCUUAUCCUCCCUCCAGAAUACAGCAGCUGGGACUACCCACAUGAGCCUCCACCCACUUAUGAGGAAAGCUGCAGUAGCGCCAACUGAAGUUUCAACUGUAGAGCGUAAAAGAGAAGCACAGUAAGGGAUGAAGCAUCAUGGCCACGCCCACCCACAGUCUGUCUACACUACCGACUGGACAAAUCAGGAUGUUGACACCCUGGGUUAGGAAGUGGAUGGAAGACAGUGACACCUCCGCACCCCCUACGCCCCCAAACCCACCUUCCCAAAGACUGUUUAUUUGUUUUUGUUUUUUAAUAAAUAAGAAGGGAUCAUAGUUUAGUUUCUUCCCCUUGUCCCACGAGGCAGUGUCAGAUAAAAUGGGUGAACAACACUGUGCCUAAAAGUAGCAUUUUGGAGUGUCAUACAGCAAGUGGAAUAUGAUAGGACUCACAUAGUUUUGGGGGUAGGGUUAAUAUUUUUUUGUAUCUUAAAAGAAUUGUUGCAUCUGUGAUGCCUUGAAAAAAAAAAGAUUUUGGCCUCCUGAGGGUCACAUUUGACAAGACCAAAGUUGGCCUUUACUGUAGUGUCAUUCCCAAUGUGCUCUCGCUGUUGUAGUCCACUGAGGUCCCUCUGCAUCUCUUUUCUCCUCGUCAUCGGAAGGGCAGAAUUAGAGCUUCUUGUUUAUUAUCAACAGGUGUAUCCAGCUGCAGCCAUGUGGCCUAAUCUAUCGCUACACGCUGGAUAGCAAAUGGUCUCUGGUAAAACCUCUCAGUUGCGCAAACCUGAUCCAUGUGUAGCAGAUUUGGUAAGGAUGAAAGGCUCAUGAUAAUGGUGCUCAAAGCAGACAACCAAAUGGUGAACUGUACCGUACCCUCCAAAGGUCAGUUGUCUUCAGAACUACUGCAGCCAUCAGAGGUAAAUGUUAGAUGUGAGUAGGAAUGUGAGUCAGGUCAAGUCAGGUUCAUUUAUGGGGCCCUUAAAGGAAAAAGACAGCCUCAAACACAGGAACACUCUUUAGAAACAGGGAUCGGCGAAGAAAACUGCACCUCUUGUGCCGUUUUGUUGAUUUAGGGUGUUGUUCUGUUUCUCCAUCGGUAGUCUUGCCAAGCAGGACUGAAUUUGAAUUGUUCCUCCUGAAUCCAAGGUUAGACAGUGGGCCGGAGUCUCCUUUCCAGCAGCCUGGUGUAAGCUGGAGCGAACUCUGCAUUCCCCCUUUUUAAAAACAGGAGUCUCCCACUCCCCAGGCGCUGUUUCUGGCAACACUGAAGUGAUGUGUCAGCAACAUCCAGAGCCUGUGUUCACUUAAUGUGUCUAAUCAAUAAUCAAUCACAAAACAAAAUGAUGUAACACGGAGUAACAAAGCACAAGAUAUGAGAUUUGUGCUGUGACAAGAUUCAACAUAACAAACCAGUAUGCCAAAGCACUGACUCACAGAGAAGACAAGGGAAACGCCCAUUAAAUAGUUUAUUAGCAGAAAAAAAAAGAGCAAUCCAUAGGCAAGGUUGAGAGAAACAGAUUUGUGACCAAAGUCUUUGUAUAUUAUCAGAUUGACAAAAACCUGUAGGGGAAAGGAGCAGAAAGAGUAAACAGUCUCACCUGUCUCAACAACUGCAGUUUAAACACCUCUGAGCCGAGCACUGAAGCUUCAGUAUUUCCACUGGAUUUGCUCAGUGGCCAGAAGUGCUAGACUGUGGUAUGAGUGGACGGCUCUCAGGUGUCAGGUGUAAUUAUGUGUCUCUCUUUCCCCGUGAAAGCACUCCUUCAGGCUCAUGCUGCAAAUAAAAAGGUGCUCUCAUCUCUCCCGGUUAACCUGGCAAAUUGAUAUAAUAAUAAUAAUAAUAACAGAACAGAUAAUAGAAUCUCCAUUUACCUUUGGGAAUUUUAGUUGACAUUAACUAGUCGAUGCUGUCUUGACGGGCUGCUGUCUAACAAUAAUGUUGCAUCAUGUUUUUUUCACAGUAGCUACAGUACAUGCACAAAGUGGACAAGUCAGUUGUCACAAAGUUUUAAUCAAACUAAUAGCUGUUAAAUAAGCAAUUUAAAUGUUUUAACAAAAGGGACUGUGCACUGGUUAAUCACUAAUUCAGGCAUUGCCAUCACAUUAAUCCUUCAAAUUAUUAUUAUUAUGAUUUUUAUUUAUUUAUUUGAGAAUAGAAAAUUGAAACAAAAGUUAAAGGAAGACCUAUUCUCUGCUUAUGCCUUCUUAUGCAUGCUAUUUUAAGUUAUUUUACAUUACAUAUUUCGGUCAAAAAUAAUCAGACCAAAUAUUCAGAUUUCACUAAAACUGAUAUGAAUGAGUUUGUUUGUUUUUGAAUAUAAUGUUUCUGUACAGCUCACAAUAUUGCAAGAUGCAGUUAACUUGAAAGGAUAGCACAUGAGCUAAGAAGUUGUAUUUCAUAUAGGAUAAAAUGCACUGUUUUCAAACUAAU